GCUACCGUACAGCCUCUUGCUGCAUAUACCUAGACGAAGCUGCCGCCUGUGGAUCUCGCUCUCCUCCAGGAUACAAACAAAAGAAAACCCAUCUGACUUUAUACCUCUAUCUCUCUCUCACACACAGACAGAAACAUCCACAUUCAUAUUUCUGUCUUUUCUAACCUCACGCCCAUCCUCUGCCUCUCUCUCUCCCUCUCUCUCACCCCUCUCUCUCUCUCUCUCUCUCUUUCCUCUCUCUUGGUCUGUCUCCUCCUCACAUGCAAACACACUCCUUCUUCUUCCAGACAGAGGAGCAGUAAAAGGAUUGGCGUGGUUCUUGGUGUUUGGCUCCUGGUAUUUUGGCUUGGAGGGGAGCAGAGCAGCAGAUGGCGAUGUGAAGACGGGCUCAGCCAGGACUCUGCUGCACGAUGACUGACAACGGCUGGUUGCCACAGGAUACUGGACUUAACUUGAUCAUGUGAUCUCCCUCCCCAGUUCCCUGCCAUCUAUCACAGGAGAGCUUCAUUUAUUAGGGGGAUCAUGACCCGCCGUCUGAGCAGCUCCACCCGUUCCCCCACCGAGGAUUCCAUCUUCCUGAGGCCUGACGAGGACCCGGUGUGGCUCGAUGAGCCCGCAAAGACUGACAAAUUCCCUGUCAGAGCCUCCAAAAAAGAUGAAUGCAAAGCCGGGGCCACAGAGGGCCAAAGCUCACAAGGGGAGGAAGUGUUUUUGCACAAAGUGUACGCGCUGGUGAUCGAGAUCCACUGCUGGGCUGCACUCUUUGUGGUGUCCCAGGUCACGGGGUACUGGGUGUUUUUUGUGCUGGAAGGAAAUGGACCCCUCUCUUCCAUCUAUAAAGCUCUGCAGGUCAUUGACUUCUACCUUGGCUUCAUCCUACCCUGCCACCCAAUUUUUGGAGUGGAUUCCAUGGUGUUGAUGAGGGAAGUGGUGAACACCAACCAGCACAACUGGAUCGUCCAUGGCACUGCAGGCAUUGGGAUUGCCAUAUGUGUUAUCAUGGUCAUCCAUAUGGUGUGUAAAUGGCGUUACGGAAGUGGCUUGUGGUCUUCGGGUCCACUACCGAAGGACAUUGGGGACCGGCGUCAGUCUGUGAGCCGCCAGCCCUCCUUCACUCUGUCAGAGUGGACAGACGCCCAGGAGGAUCUGCUGGACCUGGACCCAGUGCCCCAAACACCGGUCUUUGACAUGGGCACUGAUACCAGGACGGAGGGUGACGCUGUGACCCUCACCGUCACUCCAGUGGGGCUUCAGGAAAGGAGGGGCUCCAACGUGUCCCUGACGUUGGACAUGUGCACACCGGGCUGCACGGAGCCUUACGGCUAUGGGGCCCAGCUGUCCCCUAGAGACCAGUCAGCCCAGGAGUACCUCCGACAGGGAACGCACGUCCUGACCCCCGCCAUGCUGCACAAACGGGCCAUGGAUGACCAGGCCCUGCAGGCUGAGUUUUAUGAAACUCCCAUGAACUUUGUGGACCCUAAAGAGUACAACUACCCAGGGCUUGUGAGAAAGAACCGCUAUAAAACCAUCUUACCCAACACUCACAGCAGAGUGAUCCUGAAGUCGCAGGAUGAAGAUGAUUUCCUCACUACAUAUAUUAAUGCCAAUUAUCUCAAAGGUUACGGAGGUCAGGAGUGUUCAUACAUCGCCACCCAAGGUCCCACAGUGAACACAGUGGGGGACUUCUGGAGGAUGGUGUGGCAGGAGAGAAGUCCAAUCAUAGUGAUGAUCACAAAUCUGGAGGAGAAGAAUGAGAAAUGUGCAGAGUACUGGCCCGAGGACACUGUGACCCAUGAGGGUAUUGAGAUCACUGUUGUCACGGUAACCCAGGAGGAUGACUACAGUCUGAGGGUGUUUACUCUGAAGUUUGGAGAUGAGGAGCGUAGUCUGCGUCAGUACUGGUACACCUCGUGGCCUGAUCAGAAGACCCCAGACAAAGCCCCGCCCCUCCUCGAGCUGGUAAAGGAAGUUGAAAGGGCCAGAGAGGAGGCCCCGCCAUCCAGCGGCCCUAUCAUUGUGCACUGCAGUGCUGGAAUUGGUCGAACUGGCUGCUUCAUCGCCACCUCCAUCCUGUGCAAGCAGCUGAGGACUGAGGGUGUGGUGGACAUCCUGAGAACCACCUGCCAACUCCGUCUGGACAGGGGUGGGAUGAUCCAGACGUGCGAGCAGUACCAGUUUGUGCAUCAUGUCCUCAGUCUGUUCGAGAAGCAACUGUCUCACACAGCUGAGGAGUAGAGUGAGCGCUCCAACCACACCCAGACCGAGACACACCACUGUACACUGUACCUCCUCUGGCGGUACACACCACUGUACCUAGCAUCAUCACAACGUCACCCUUUAACAAGUUCAAGUCAUUAAUUUGUACACCCAAGACAGGCUCACUCUGACAGGACUGACCAGUCGACAUUAAAUUUGUGCUUAUUGUAUGUUUUUGUGCACAUAAAAAUUAAGGAAGUAGGAUUUGAGAUAGUCCCCUCCCUCCCGACAUACCCCACCUCCUACCCUUAAAAAUCUUCACAACAGUCAGACCUAAAAUAAUCCAAGCCUGCACUCCUGACGUCAGUUUAUUUGCACUGCUGAGUUUUUUUUUUUUUUUUUUUUUUUUUUUUUUUUAUCAUAUUAUUGUAACCGAGUCUUUGUCAUGAGGGCCUCACUGAGAGCUUGGAAUGAGUGUCUUAUAAAAUACCACCCGUGGAUACAUACAGUGUUAUCAAAAUGUUACACUGGAGCUGAAAUAAUCAGCUCGACUGCAGCGAUUUCCAUUUGCUUUAAAGAUGAACCGCUAGCUCAGAGUCCCAAAGUUAGUGUCUGUAAGAAGGGCCCUUUACAGCAUAAGUGCCAGCAUAAUUUAAAUCUACAGAAAUGAUCAAAUGCCAGCCUAAUAUCUAACACUAUAUCGAUAUAAAAGUUCACACUGAAUAUAUGUUAACUUUUUUCCUCAUUGACCUUUACUGACUCUCACUUUUAAUGUAAAAAAAAUCAUUGCAGAAGGCCUGUUUCAACUUUUGAUGCAUUCAGGAGCCACCUCAUCUUCAGGUUGCAUGGUGCUACGUGUUCAUUAAAGGCAUGUGCAAUGUUAUGGAACAUAGGAAUGUAUAACAAUUAGGUUAUUAAUUAACUAAUCAGGAUUUCUGUGCAAUCUACAGUAUUACAGUUCUACCAUGCUGCCUGUGCAGUCCUCAUGGCCCAUGAUGUUUACAGUAAACAACUCCUGCAUUAAGGCCACAUAGACGUACCCUCAGAGGCGUCACAGAGCCAGCACCACUGAGAGGAUGGAGUCCAGAAAUAGAACCGCACCAUCAGAAAAAUCAAUGCAGACCUCUGGAGAAUCUGACACCAGAUCAUUCGCUGUUUCUGACUUAACCACAUAAAGAAGUGUAAUGCAGGCAAAAGCAGUGAGGUGCAAAAAGGCAAGCACUACAAACUGAUAAGAGGUGGUGGAAAAGUAAAAAUAAAGUCACAUAUGAGGCUUGUCGCUCUCAGUGAUACUGGCUUUCUGAUGCCUCUGCUUCUCAACAGUAGCUUGAACACAUCUGUGAAGUAAGAAGCCCAUGAUUGUUGUAUAGACAGGCCAGGCCUAAUCUGUAUGAAGCACAAUAGACCAACUAUGGUUCUCUCUCUGAUGUUAAGCUGUAAAAGUUCUUUUUUUUUCCGUAUUGUGUUUUGAUUGUGUUGAGUUUAAUGGAUUGCAUGUGCCGUAUGGGACUUUAUAGGUCCACAAUCAAGCGACGUGAUUGGUUGUCCCGCUUUUUGUUGUGUAAAAAGGUUUAAGCCUAUUAUAUUGCUUGCUCUCGGCCAAUGCUUUUGAUACAGUUUGCUUUUGUGAAACCAACCAGAGAUAUUUUUAGAACAUUUUGAUACAAUCCUUUCGAGUAGAUGCCUUGUGUAUAUUUCUGUUUACACCAUGAUGGAAUGUAGCUCAUACUGUGGAUCAAACCAUUGGUUUAUAUUGCAAGAUUUGACAGAACAAAAUGUGACAACUACCUAAGUUACCUUACAGUACAGAAAAAAUAAAUUAUGUUCAGUCUUCAGUAUUAUUACUUUAUGCCUUUAGGCUUUGCUUUAAUAUGCUUUGCUUUCUGUGUAUGUUUUUAUCGUUUUCUUGGAGAAUUUUACCUCAGACUGAGUUUUUACAGUCCCCACUCAAUUCCAUCUGUGACUCUAGGCCACUCUCAGUUGACAACAUGAGAAAUAAUUGCUAUGUGUUAGGCAGCUAAAACAGUGAAUACAGUUUUCUAUGUAACAAAAAUCAAACUCUAACAACUUCUGUCUUGACAUAACGGGUCAGUUUAACUGUCGUGAACAUUAUCAGAGGAUAAAAUAAACGCGGGCUUGGACCAAUUCAUGAAUAUCAAGUCAAAUAGCAAAUUAAACUGCCAAAAUGACCUCUUAGAUUAACACAGGACUGGGAUUGAGAUGAAAAGCUACAACCUAUUGUCAGAACUUUUGACAUAAUCCUCUGAUAAUGUCCAGUGUACUUGACUGAAAAGCUUUUAUUUUUAGCGCUAGUUUUCAAUGCUUAUUUGGUCCUCUUACGAUGACCGAAAUGGGGAUGACGAAAUAGCCAAACAGUCGGACAUACAACCAACCAGCAAAUCAGUAUUCCUCUCCUCUGCACCAGUAUCGCUUUAAGUUGUGAGUUUUGCAUCCAAAUAAAGGUAGAUUUUCAUGAA